GAGCGUACAUUCAUUUAUUCAUCCACUCUUUCGAUUUUAUCCUCACCAUAAGUCUCUCCCUAACAUAACAUCGAUAUUACCAGCAAACUCAGCCCUACCGUCAACAUAUUGCGCCAUAUUCAACCUAAAAUUUGAGACGACGCCCCGAAAUAAAUCGAUAAAAUGUUAUUCAACGCAGUAUCUUCCCUCGCUAUUAUGGCCCUAGCUGGCCAGGCCAUUGCCGAGCCUAUGCGCCAGCCCUACAAGUUGCAACAGUUCGCUCGCAUGUCAGAUAGAAGUAUCUUUGGUCUUAACCGUCGAGGAAAUGAUGGAUAUUCCCCUGAACAGGAGUUCUGUCAAUCUGGUAAAACUUGCGCCGAAGCAUGCGGUAAAGGAUAUGAACAAUGUCCUUCUAAAGAUGGUGUUUCACACUGCUAUAACAAAACCGCAAAGCAAACUUGCUGUCCUGGCAUGACUGGAGAAUCUUGCGACGAUGGCUAUUUCUGUUCUUCAGACGAUAAAGGUGCCACAUGGUGCUGCCCCGACAGCAUGACGCUUAAGCAGUGCGCUAUCGCCUAUAAUCUUCCCGGCUCUCUUAUCUCGGAAUCGGCUCCCUCAACAACCAAGACUUCUGCCACUAAGGCUACUACUUCGGUUAAGAACGCCCAAAGUACAACCACUUCCCAUGAAUCCUCCACCACACAGCCCGCAAGUGCUCCUGCUCCUGCUCCUGCAACCGCCGCCCCAGCACCAGCAGCCACAUCUACUUCGUCGUCGUCGUCGGCGCCCGCACCAACGGCCCCUGUCAAUGGCCUUGUCGAAGCAGGCAGCGAUAAUGUUCGCGCCCCAUUAGGUGGUAUGGCUGCCUUGGUAGCAGCAGCAUUUGUCGCCCUUCUCUAGAUGUUUUCGCGAUGAGCCGAUGACGGAGAGGAGAGACGAUAUAUCGGCAACAGUAAGCGACAUGAUGGGAUGAGCUACGACGACCGAAAAUUAAUUUCUUUUACGCCCACCUA